GGCUAGAGUAUUGAUUACAGUACGCGGAGGCGGGCUCGCUUGUCUCUCCUUGGGGAGAGACCAGUUUCGUCAAGCGCCCUACACUGACACUGGACAGGGUAAUUGUGCAAUAAGCAGAAGGAUUCCUGAUAACCUUUAUGACCGCGACCGUUACUACUACUCUACGGAUAUCGCUUGUUCAAGGUUGCAUUGGAAGCGCCUCAUGCAGGGACAUAGUCGACGCCAUUACACCAGUAUUGAAAAAAAGUACCACACCGCUCAGCCUGACGAUCCAGAUUCGCAGGGCUUCUUUAGAAACCCUAUCGCGAUGUGAGCACUUUCGUCGAUCCCGUGCGCCAAUACAGUACGUGUCAGACCAAGCCAAUUGUUGCCGCCUUAGAUCGUUCGAAAACGGUUCGAUAGAUGCAGUACGGAUUCCUUCUCUACAGAGGCCUGAGACUUGCCCGAUUCCCAUGCCACUAACGUAGCCUUGUCUUGCCCAAAAGGCCAAAGGCUCGACAUCGUCCCAUCUAGCUUGACCAAUAGCCGCUUAGACACAUCCCUGGUCUGGAACAAGCUCGCGACAAGGGUCUGUCUCUAGCCCAUGGCGUUGCUACAAGUAGGGCUCACC